AUGAGUAAUAAGUUGAAUUUAAAUUAAUUGAUGAUUCAAAUUAAUAGACUUCACCAUGUUAUGCAAUAGUAUUUGAUAAAAUGGAUCAAUAUGAUUUCAACUUUUAGUAAUGAUAUUAAAAUAUGGAAUUUUGAUUAAGGAAUAUUUAAAUUAACUACUUCAUAUCAAAAACAUACAGCUUUAGUUAUAUGCUUGGUUUAUAGUAAACAUAACAAUUACUUUAUUUCAGGUUCACAUGAUUAAACAAUUGUCUGUUGGCAAUAAAUUAAUCAAGAAGAGUGGAUUUGUUCAAAACCAUACUUAAAAAAUGAUUAAUUUGUUAAUUGUUUAAUGUUAAAUAAAUAAGAAGAUCAACUUAAUUCCUUAGAUAAACAUGGUAAUAGUGUAGAAUCAUUCAGUUUUAAUUAAAGUGAAUCUCUUAUGGCAUCAUGUGGUUAUGGAGAAUUUAUAAUAUGGAGAAAGGAAUUGAAGAUAAAUGGGAAUUAAAAUUAAUAAUUGAAUUAUUAUAUUUAUUCAUUUAUUAAUUUUUUUUUAUUUAGAAUAUAAUUAUUUAAGGAUAUUACAAAUUAAAUAAUUACAACUUUCAAUUUUAUUAUCAAUAACUCAGGUAGUUUAAUUAGUGGACAUAAAAUUCAAUUUACUAAUGAUUAAUAAUUAUUUUGGGUACCUUUACAUAAGUAUAUUAUUGAUCUUUUAGUAUUUGAAUUGGAAUUUAUGAAUAAAAUUCUAAUAAAACAAUCACAUUAAUUAGGAAUCAUGAUUGUGAUGAUAAAUCUAAUUUUCCAAUAAUACAUAAUAAGGAUAGAAAUAUAAUAUUGGUUCGACACAAAUGUGAAAUUUAUUUGA